CUUGGAGGUUAAGAAAAAAUAUUUGGAAAGGGGGAUGAAAAAAAAUAAAAAAAUACGUCAAGCUCUUAGACAGUCGGGAGGAAAAAUAUACCUGAAUAGAUUUGGAAACACACACACGGGAAAGCGUUUGGUGAUAUUAGCGUGUGGGACUGUGUUCUACACAGCGUUGAAAGUCUUGCAUCGCAUUCAGUUUUAACUUGAUCUGUUAUAAGAUCAUUGUUUUGGUUGCAUGUCGCGAUGUUCUUUUAACACAAAUCAUCACAUCACGUGACUGUUUUUUUGGAUAAUUACUCUGAGAUCUAUGAUCUAUUGCUAAUCAACAUGACCAGGCUCGAGCCGCUGUGAGUGACUUGACAGUAGUGUGUGUGUGUUCCUCUCUCUCUCUCCCAGGAGGAUUCAUUCGUGGCGGAGGAUGCUAGUAUCGGAGAAGAUUGUGUGUCUCAAGAACUGACCAAUGAGAUAAAUUGAUCCCUUUCUCUGCUGCCUCCCUAUUCCACACACCACAGUUGAGUUUGUCCUAGUUCCACACCUAAGCCCCCCACCCCUCACAAUGUGUUUUCUCGUGGAUGACGACGAGGACGGGCAGGGAGCUUCUUCGGGCUCCCCAAAGCUUCAGCUGAAGAGGCACCACACCUGGCUGGUCCCCCAGCGCGUCCUGAUGAUCGUCUUGACUCUGGCCAUCAUCUUCCUAUGCAUUGGUCUGGUUCUGAUGGCGAUAGGAGGAGGCAUUGGCAGCAUCGCGCUUAAAGUCAUUGGCGGAGUCCUGUUUGGAUUUGGAGUUAUUGGUCUGCUGGUCUGUCUGACAGUCUGUCUCUACGCUUACUUUUGUUACGGGACUAGAGACCAGGAAAUACAAACGGAGUUAGCGUGGAAUGAAGACUAUCUCAUAGAGACUCCUGGUUAUGCAAGCAUUGGUAGGCCAUCCGCUUUGAAAUCUGCAGACUCCACGUUGAAGAGGAAUGGAACCGCUGGUCAAAAGAAAGUCACUAUGGCCCCAGAAGUAGGACCAUAUGGAGAAAGCCCACCCAAUAUCCAACAACCUGGAGUUAUCAUUACAGACCGACAGCCGCCCAGGAGUCCAUCUUUUGUAGCAGGAGGAGUCUAUAACGAUGGAAGCAAGAUUGACCCUCGGGGUGCUGGUGGACGAAGCGUGGGAGGAGCUGACGUUGGAACAGGGGGUAUCAGGAUACUCCCCGCCGACCAGCCCUUCCCGUCCCCAGCUGCAAGCCAAGUCAGCUACAUCUCUGGUGGUCAAGUCUACUCUGGGUCGGGGGUGGGGCAGCAAAUGGGGUAUGGAGCAUCUCAAGGAAGUUUUGUAUACGGGGGUGGCAGCUCAGCAAGUAGCUCAAUCGACACCUAUGCGUAUCCCAAGAGCGUCUCUAUUAUUAGUGGCACGGAGUCGGGUUAUGCCGACUCGGGUACAGGGUCCCAGUAUUCCACAUUAAGAUCCAUACCUGUCCAGCAUGUAGUCAGUGGGCCUCAGCAGCAUAGGCAGCAGACUCAAGGGCUUCAGCAAGAUCACGUUGAGUACGCCCGCGUCAACAAACAGACCAAAAACAUUCAGGUGAUUGACGCACCACUCCAGCGAGGCUACAUCAUCCAAGGUCAAGGUCAGCAGGGCGGUUUCACUCAAGGCCAGGCACAGCAGGGCGGCUUCACUCAGGUCCAUAGUCAACAGGGCGGUUUCAGUCAAGGACAGAGUGGCUUCUCACAAGGUCAAGGUGUCAUAUAUCAAGGCCAGGGUCAACAGAGUAGCUUCAGCCAAGGCCAGAGUAGCUUCGUUCAAGGUCAGGGUCAGUCUGGUCAGUUCCAGCAGACCUACAACAUGGAGGACUUUGAUUACGACAACCCAGUUGAGCGCACACCUAUGCUCCCUCCAAAACAGAGUCCCACCUACCAUGAACAGCAGAUGCAAUAUCAACGGCAACAGCAUGGUUCCACGUCCUCUCAGUCAGAUCUCUACGCACCACGCCAGCUCAACACCAUGUCCCUGCAACGCCAAAAAGCCAGCAACCCAUACAGCGUGCAACAGCAGCAGCAGCAGCAACAAAAUCAAAUGCAAUACCAGACAUCUCAAACAUCAUCCACCUCACGCCACUUCACUUCUGACGACGAUAUCCCUGAGCCGCAGCCUUUGGUGUAUCCCUCCGCCCGUCGUCCAAUGACAUUUGAGCAAGUGUCUUCGUCCAAGAUGAGCGUCUAUGACAACGUACUAGCUGGCCUGAAAGACAUAGAUGAUUAAACUUCUUCUAAGAAUAGUUGACACUUUACACAAUUUUGAUUACCAGACAUCGUUAAAAAUUAUAAUUUUAAAUUGUAACAAAAUAUUUUAAAUAAUCAUUAGUAGAAAUAGUUUAAAUUUAAAUUUUACACAUUGUUUAUAUCAAGGUAUAUAUUUAAUAUAGAAUUUAAUAUUUAUAAUGAUAAUGUAUAUAUCAAAGUCUAGUUCAAAAGUGUCGAAAUUUAAUUCUGAUUAUUUAGGUGGGGGAAUCAGUAACAGCUCAUCGUUGAUUUGAAACUAAUUCUUAAAUACAUAAUAUAUUUUUUCAAAGCCUGCAUAAAUCUUCCUGAGAUGAGUUUGAUUGAUGUUAUGUUAUCUCUAUGCCAUAGUGCUUUUUUUUGCAUAGUAAGCUUUUGAAGUAUACAUUUGUUGUUGAACGAAAGUGUCACAUGAUGGUAUUUUCUUAUGUCUGAUCUUUGUGGUUGAAACAUAAAUGGAUGUGAUAUUUGGUACAUGUAGUCAGAUGUAAAUAUGAACAUUACAUACAUAUAUCACUAGAGAUUUUAUUUGAAGUGAAAGGAUCUUGUUGUCAAUUAGAACCCUACUGUUGUGUAAUUGUGGCUAAUGAUGUCAUGAGGCCACAAAGAGGUAAAUCACCCUCAUUGAUGAAUGUCAGAGGCCUGUGUGAUAUGGGUGGUCUAAUGGAUGCCCUCAAAUUGUAAUCUAUAUCAAGAUUCAAACUCGAAAUCCUUGUUUCGGCUGCCCUAAUUCUGACCAGUCCUUUAGUGCAAACAACUAUUCUCAAAGUGAUAAUUUUUAAUCUUUAUAAAAGGGAAGUCAAAAGACUCAGAAAGACACAUAGGUAAAGGCACAUUUUAUAUUCCAUAGAUUGGACAAAUUCAUAUAAAUGCCCUUUCUCUCCUAGUGCCUAAGUUGAGUUUAAGUCUGUAAUUAACAUGUAAAUGGAUUACCUUAAUGACCAGAUUUUUUGGACUUGACAAGUUAAAAGGAUGAAGAACUGAAAUGGUACAUUUUUUGAAAUUCAUCGAAAAAUUUUUAGCCUAAUGACAAAGCUCAUUUGCUUUAAAUUAUACAUGUUUUGCGUUUUGUUGCUUAGAUGAAAUGGCAAUAUAUAUAUUCACGCCAUCAUUUCAUUCACGACAUCUGUGUUCACAUCAGCCAUCUUCUAAACGACAGCAACCUAUUUCAGAAUACUGCUAUUGUUAGAGCCCAUUCAAAUCUAAUUACAUACAGCGAAAUUCACAUCUAAGUUUUGUAUUUCAUCAUUAAAAAAAUAAGAACACUAAACAAAACACUAUAUGUAUAUCUGCUUAUUUGAUUGCAUUGUCAAUGAAUUAAUUUUGGUGCUACACUAUAUCAUUUCUAUAUUCCUAUAUAAAUAUAAAUUAACUGACCUCUGACCUGUGUGAUUCUUCUGUUUCACUCUAGAAAUGUAAUCACGUCUGCCGGUAUUAAAUGUACAUUACGUUGUAAAAACUUGAUAUUAUACACACCAUAAUUGUACGAAAACAAAAAUUAUGAGGGUUUUAUAAUAUGCCUACAUUUUUUACUCUGAUAUUUGUUAUCGCAUGCAUUUUCGGUCCAAAGGCUUCUGUAAUCCUGGUGGCUAUGUUUGUAUCAUAUAGACAUGUAUAUAGGUUGUGAUCUCUGAGGAUAUAUUUUUAAAGAACAGGAAUUAAACUGUUAUCCAGUAGAAAGAAUCUCAAAAACGUAUUUAUACUUUCAAUGUUUGAUGUUUUCAUGUAUGCUGAACAUAGUGGCAACUGUCGUGAGAACCCUUGUUAUACUGUCACAAAGGGCCGGAGCUAAGAUUAUGCAGAUUUAAUGGGUCUUCGGCAAACUCAAAAAUAUUUUUUUUAUUAAGUGCAUGAUAAUUUACUAGAACGCUGUAGAAUCAUUUUUUUGACAAACAUUAAUGCCUAUAGAUAUCUAUGGCCUCCUAUGUUCGCUACGCGACUAGGGAUAAUUCCAUAGAAAUAAGAUGAAAGCCUGGGCAUCAACUAGGGUCGAAAAAAUGUCGCGCACACAGCAUUCCCUCUCUCUACACGCAGUUGAUGUGUCCAGAGGAACGGCUGGUGCUUAAUGCAGUUUGGGAACAGCGGUGUGACAGGUUCUGAUAGUGCGAGGUAUACUUAUUUAUAUAUUUUUCGUGCAUUUCAAUUAAAGCGUUCGCAAAAAAAAUAUAUAAAAAUCCUGCAAACGGCCUUCACUUACUUAUAUCCGGCCCUGUUUUAAAAAUAAAUUAUGAGAAGUUUUAAUUAUAAUUGUUAUAACCCUGUUCUGCAAACCUUGCAGCAUAUUCAACAAUACCUUGCUUAGUUGUUUUUUUCUUUUUUGACAAAAAAAUGUAUUUUUAUAUUCUUUGAAAACCUUUCACUAUCAGUUUGUUAUUUAUUUAAACAUUGUAUUUUUUUUUCAAAUAGAAAUAUUGGUUUAAAGACUAGUAGAUGCCAUAUACAUUUUUAACAUUUUAUAUUUUGGUGGGUUGGGGAGGGGGGGGGGCUUGUAAUUGUGCUAUAUUUUAAAGUUAGCCCUUCACUGUACAGUCUUUGUGAUGGAAAUUAAUUAUUUCUAAAUGUAUAUCUUUUGUAAAUACAUUGCUUUCUUUUUAUGUACAUGAAUCUUAAAUUUAGUACGGGAAAUUCCCGUUCGUUGUUUCAUAGAGAACAGUACUUACUUUUUGACACUAGUUCUUUCUAAUUAUAGUAACUGCUGAUACUGAAUAGUUGUAUAUGUGUCAGUAUGGUAAUGAGCAUUUUUAUUUGUACUUUUUAAAUUUUUAGAAAUAUGAAAUGAAAAGAAGUAGAAUUAAGUUAAAU